AUGGUCAGCCAACCCACCAGAAUUCCCGCCGCCACCCCGGCCCUCGCCAGGUUCCUCCCCGCCGCCAUCACGGUCGGCAUCGUCUCCGCCAUCGCCGUGAACAUCCGCUCGCAGCUCAAGACCGAGUCGCAGACCAUGGACCGCUUCUUCGCCAAGUACAGGAACCCGCAGAGCGAGGCCGUCCGCCAAAAGGUCUUUGACGGCGCCGUCGAGGACCCGCGCAGGAGCUGGUUCAACGUCCUGGGCUGGUGA